AUCUCAGGUUACUUGACUGGGAGUUCUCAGACCUCCAGUUUCAGUCCUGCCCUCAGCCUCCAGUCGGUGAGAGACACCCAGCCCCAGCAAUUGGAUUGGGCAGCCCGUCUUGACACACCACCGUGCUGAGUGCUUGAGGACGUGUUUCACCAGAUGGUUGGGGUUAGUGUGUGUCAUCACAUUCGAGUGGGGAUUAGGAGCAGGGAGGCUGUCUUGCUGGAGCUGUGUGGUCUUCUCCAAGUGAGAGUUGCGGGCAAGAGAGCUACUUUGCCUUUGGAAGCAGAGGAGGAAUUCAUUUGCUGCAGCCACAAGAAAGGCAGUUUUUUCAGGACCCCGUCUGCAGAUGGUCUGGAUAUACCUCUGAGCAUAGGAAUUGAUUCUUCAACCAGGAUACCUACUUCAAGACCUGCAGAAACCAGGAGGCUGAGACGUUUUGUCAGUUUUGCGACGUUGGACCAAACACAAUGAAGUAUUCUUGCUGUGCCCUGAUUUUGGCGGUCCUGGGCACAGAACUGCUGGGGACCCUCUGUUCGACUGUCAGAUCCCAGAGGUUCAGAGGACGGAUACAGCAGGAACGAAAAAACAUCCGACCCAACAUUAUUCUUGUGCUCACCGAUGACCAAGAUGUGGAGCUGGGGUCCCUGCAAGUCAUGAACAAAACAAGAAAGAUUAUGGAGCAUGGGGGGGCCACCUUCACCAACGCUUUUGUGACUACCCCCAUGUGCUGCCCCUCCCGGUCCUCCAUGCUCACCGGAAAGUAUGUGCACAACCACAAUGUCUACACCAACAAUGAGAACUGCUCUUCGCCGUCCUGGCAGGCGAUGCAUGAACCUCGGACUUUUGCUGUGUAUCUUAACAACACUGGCUACAGAACAGCCUUUUUUGGAAAAUACCUCAAUGAAUAUAAUGGCAGCUACAUCCCUCCUGGGUGGCGAGAAUGGCUUGGAUUAAUCAAGAAUUCUCGUUUCUAUAAUUACACUGUUUGUCGCAAUGGCAUCAGAAAGCAUGGAUUUGAUUAUGCAAAGGACUACUUCACAGACUUAAUCACUAACGAGAGCAUUAAUUACUUCAAAAUGUCUAAGAGAAUGUAUCCCCAUAGGCCCAUUAUGAUGGUGAUCAGCCACGCUGCGCCCCACGGCCCCGAGGACUCGGCCCCACAGUUUUCAAAACUGUACCCCAACGCUUCCCAACACAUAACCCCUAGUUACAACUAUGCACCAAAUAUGGAUAAGCACUGGAUUAUGCAGUACACGGGGCCCAUGCUGCCCAUCCACAUGGAAUUUACGAACGUUCUACAUCGCAAAAGGCUUCAGACUUUGAUGUCCGUAGAUGAUUCUGUGGAAAGGUUGUAUAAUAUGCUUGUGGAAACGGGGGAGCUGGAGAACACUUACAUCAUUUACACGGCUGACCACGGUUACCAUAUUGGGCAGUUUGGACUGGUCAAGGGGAAGUCCAUGCCAUAUGACUUUGAUAUCCGUGUGCCUUUCUUUAUUCGCGGUCCGAGCGUAGAGCCAGGAUCAAUAGUCCCACAGAUCGUUCUCAACAUCGACCUGGCCCCUACGAUCCUGGACAUCGCUGGGCUCGACACACCUCCCGAUGUGGAUGGCAAGUCCGUCCUCAAACUUCUGGACCCGGAAAAGCCAGGUAACAGGUUUCGAACAAACAAGAAAGCCAGAAUUUGGCGUGAUACAUUCCUCGUGGAAAGAGGGAAAUUUCUACGUAAGAAAGAAGAAUCCAGCAAGAAUAUCCAACAGUCAAAUCACUUGCCCAAAUAUGAGAGGGUCAAGGAAUUGUGCCAGCAGGCCAGGUACCAGACAGCCUGUGAACAGCCUGGGCAGAAGUGGCAGUGCAUUGAGGACACAUCUGGCAAGCUCCGAAUUCACAAGUGUAAAGGAUCCAGUGACCUGCUCACCGUGCGGCAGAGCACGCGGAACCUCUACUCUCGCGGCUUCCACGACAAGCCAUGCAGCUGCGGAGAGCCUGGCUAUCGCACCGGCAGAAGCCAGAGGAAGAGCCAAAGGCAGCUCCUGAGAAACCAGGGGACUCCGAAGUACAAGCCCAGAUUUGUCCACACUCGGCAAACACGUUCCUUGUCCGUCGAAUUUGAAGGCGAAAUAUAUGACAUAAACCUGGAAGAAGAAGAACUGCAAGUGCUGAGACCAAGAAACAUCGCCAAGCGCCAUGAUGAAGGCCCCCGGGGGCCUGGAGGCCACCAGGCUGCGGGCGACGGGGACACGAUGCUGGCAGACAGAGGCAAUGCCCUGGGCUUGCCCACCACCGUCCAAGUGACCCACAAGUGCUUUAUUCUUCCGAAUGAUACAAUCCAUUGUGAGAGAGAACUGUAUCAAUCAGCCAGAGCCUGGAAGGACCACAAGGCAUACAUUGAUAAAGAGAUUGAAGCUUUGCAAGAUAAAAUUAAGAAUUUGAGAGAAGUGAGGGGGCACCUAAAGAGGAGAAAACCCGAGGAAUGUGCCUGUAGUAAACAGAGCUAUUAUAAUAAAGAGAAAGGUGUGAAAAAGCAAGAGAAGGUGAAGAGUCAUCUCCACCCAUUUAAGGAAGCUGCUCAGGAGGUAGACAGCAAACUGCAGCUUUUCAAGGAGAACCGUAGGAGGAAGAAAGAGAGGAAGGAGAAGAAACGGCAGAGGAAGGGGGAGGAAUGCAGCCUCCCGGGCCUCACCUGCUUCACGCACGACAACAACCACUGGCAGACGGCCCCGUUCUGGAACCUGGGAUCUUUCUGCGCCUGCACGAGCUCUAACAAUAAUACCUACUGGUGUUUACGUACAGUUAAUGAGACGCAUAAUUUUCUUUUCUGUGAGUUCGCCACUGGCUUUUUGGAGUAUUUUGAUAUGAAUACAGAUCCUUAUCAGCUCACGAACACAGUGCACACAGUGGAACGGGGCAUUUUGAACCAGCUACAUGUACAACUCAUGGAGCUCAGAAGCUGCCAAGGGUAUAAGCAGUGCAAUCCAAGACCUAAGGGCCUUGAAGUCGGAAAUAAAGAUGGAGGAAGCUAUGACCUACACAGCACACGUAGGACAGAGCAGAAGAACCCACCCUUAAGCUGGUCUCACCAGGGCUAUGGGCUGACGAGAGGACAGUUAUGGGAUGGAUGGGAAGGCUAACCAGCCCAGCCUCGCUGCAGACGUCAACUGGCAAGGCCUGGAAGAUUUAUACAGUGUGAAUGAAAGCAUCUAU